CCAAAAGCAAAAGAUAGAAAUAACACGAAAGUAUUGUAUAAAAUUGUUUAUUGUAUAAAAAUGAGUUAUCCGAGUCAAGUAAAAUCUAAAUAUCCCGCUUGUGAUCACAUUAAAAGGCCCGUUCGUGAUGCAACGGUUACUAAAGAGAUAAUAAAAUCCAUUGAGGAGGAUUUUAGAACUCUGCCCACUUUUGAAAAGAGCCUGUUUGAUUAUACAACGAAGAAGCAUUAUUCGCUAGAAAGAAAUGAGUUUUUAAAAUGUCGGUGGAACGAAUACAAGAAAGGCCUCUCGGAGCGUAAAUUCACCCCAUUUCAAUUUGUUGAUGUCAGAGACUACCAUUUCCAUAACAGCCGCACUCAAUACAAACCUGAAGAGUCUCAGUACCGCAAAUCUGACCACCGUUUCACCCUGAGGACUGGGCCAGGGGUUGACCAUAUAGGCCAAGUACCUAUUCCCAAUGAGCUCACCAUGAAACGAGGAUUCGUUUCAAAUAAUGCUAAUGCAAGUAAAGACAAAAGUAAUGGUGAUGAAGCAAAUAAAGAGGAAAAACGUGAAUCUUUGGAUACUCAUACAAGUGAUAACGAAGCUCCUAAAUUUUACUUUCAUUGUACUUGCACCAAAUGAUUUUUUAAGGUGUUGUUACUGAGUUAGGUUAAAUUAUACUUACCUAACUACCACCUACUUAUAUGAUGAGUGCGGGAAUAUAAUCCGCACAGAAGCUGUUUCUUAUACAUGUUUUAUCUUCUAGUAUUUCAUUGAUGUAGGUACUUAUGUUUUUAUUGUUUGAUCCUUCUUACUUAAAAUUAUAAUAUAACAUUAAUAAAU